UCAACGAUACCAUUUGACUGACAAUUGAAUCGAACUCAAGGCAAAAUUAAGUCACAAAUGUGUAGCUAAUUUUUUUAUUGAACAAAAUAUUUAAAGUUCUGUAAUUUUGAAAAGAAAUGGCCUAGAUUUUAAAUCAAAACAAAUAUACUGAAUAUAUAUAAUCAAAAUCGAAUUCGUGAUAAGCUCAACUGAAAGUAAAAUCGCUUUGAUAUUUAUUUGCAUCGUGUCAAAAUAUGAGUGUUUGUCAUAACAAAAAAUAAAACGUAUAAAUAACAAUAACAAUACCAAAAUCUAAUGCUCAAUUCAGCACCUCACCAAGUGCGUAUGUGUGUUUUUCGUAUAGCAGUGUGUAUAUUUCUUCUUCACUUCGUUUAAUCCAUACCACCUCAAUUACCUCAAACCACUACAAUGCAACGACAGCUACACUGAAACCUGAAUUAAUCGAGAAAAUGAAAUAAAAUGGGAAAUAAUGAAAUGAAGGUAGAAAGCUGAAGUGAUUGUGAAAACUUGAACUACGAUGUGUUGGAGUGCAAUCAAAUGUUCUAUUUAAUUGGAAGUCGAUGAAAGUUUGAUUAGUUUUUUGUUUUCAACCGAUUGCACAAAAAAAAAAAUCAAAACGAAAAUUAGCACAGAAACAAUAGAAGAGAAAAACCGAAAACGAACAUCAGUUUGAGCAGAGAAUUAGUGAAAUUGCAAUCAAGAGAAGAUGCCUUUCCAUGCAAAUCGAGCUGAUGCCGGGACGGCAAAUGGCAGCAGCAGUGGCAAUUAUUCGGGUGAUGAUUUGCGCAGUGGCACCGGUCAAUACGAUCGUUAUGAUAAUGAUUUAAUGGACAAACCAAUUUAUUUGCUCGAACAUCUGGCCACAUUUACGGUGAAUCAAGAAUCGGGCAUUUUAUAUCCAGCCGAUGGCAUGCGAAGAUUACUUCAGCUGGAAAAAUCGACGGGCAUUUGGUCACAAAAAAUGAAAUUGUGCUUGGAUCGUCAAUGGAUUUUAAUUAUGGACUAUGAAACUGGGAAUAUAAUUGAGCGAUUUCCGGCCUCAUUGAUCAAAGAGCCCACCGCUUUCACCAGCAAUGGACCCACAGAAUUAUAUAACAACAUACUCGUAUUCAUUGUGGAUGGUGGAACUGGUUCUCGUUCCGAAAUGCAUAUAUUCCAGUGUCAAAGCAUUUCAGCUAUACAUUUAGUUGAAGAUUUGAAGCAGUUACGCGAUGGAAAAUCAAUCACAGAACAUCACGAUGUAAUGCAUCACCAAUCACAAUCGUAUGGAAAGCCACAGUCAGGCCGUGAACGUCACCACUCAAAUGUUGAUGCCACUGUUACUGGUUAUAAUAAUCGUGAUAAUGAUACGGAUUCUGAGCUAGGAUUGUGUGGCGGUGGAAAUGGUGGUGGUAUUAACGAUGAUGCAAGCUCAACAUCAAGCGAAAAAUAUGAGCGUGACGUUGUUGUAUUGAAUCAUUGCUUCGAUGACAUUGAAAAGUUUAUUGCACGUUUGCAGCAUGCAGCGGCCGCAUCACGAGAAUUAGAGCGUCGUCGACGCAAUCGAAAAUCAAAAAAGAAAGAUCCGGGUGAAGGUUUGCUUACACUGCGUACAAAACCACCGCAUGAAAAAGAGUUUAUCGAUAUAUUUGCAAAAUUCAAAUUGUCAUUCAAUUUGUUGGCCAAACUAAAAGCGCAUAUUCAUGAUCCAAAUGCGCCCGAACUAGUACACUUUCUAUUCACACCAUUAGCAUUAAUUGUCGAUGCAUCGCACGAUACAUACUACGAUCCAAAUUUACCGGCCCGUGUGAUAAAUCCAUUGUUAACGCGCGAAGCAAUUAAUUUGCUAAUCAAUUGUGUAACCAGCAAGGAAACCGAACUAUGGAGAUCGCUGGGCGAUGCAUGGUCUAUACCGCGUGAUCAAUGGAAAGGACAAGGCAUGGUUAUGUAUCAUCCGGUAUUUUUUGAUGGCUGGUCACCUGAUUAUCCGGUUAUAGAUGAACUCGAAGCGCACGCUGGAACACCGUCUCCACAAAAUGAUGCACCAAAUCCAACACAAUCAUCAGUUAGUAUUCACCAUAAGCUCAUCAAACAAAAUAGUAAUCCGUCAGCGAAUGCAAUUAAAAGGCGAAUGGAACAACAACAGCAAAUGUACUCGAUUGAUUAUGAUUAUGAUAUGCAACCGUCUUCUGGUCAUGCUGGUGCCCCACAUAGUCCGGCAAUGAGAGAUUUUAGUGCUCGCAGUGACAUUUCAAUCGAUUCAAUCGAACGAAACGGUGGUUUAACCGAUGUCACCGUUGCCAAUCCAAAUGAAUCGAUGAUCCAAAGUUCGCCGGUAUGGCUGGAAAGUCUAGCGGCCCGUGGUGCAAAACUUGUGCAAGUAACAUAUCCACGAACGGCAAACAAUGACAAAGAAUUAACCGUAUCACGCGGUGAAUAUUUGGAAAUUUUGGAUGAUACGCGAAAAUGGUGGAAAGCUCGUAAUAUUCGUGGCCAAGUUGCACAUGUUCCGCACACAAUUGUCACACCAUUCAAUUUCACCGGCAAUAAUGUGGCGAACAAUUCGAAUGCGGCCAGCGGAAGUGCUGUACCUGAAACAAACACAAAUGAUGCAUUUGCUCCGAAGAAAAACAGUCGCGUUGUUAAUGACGCAGUUUUAGAUCGUUACACACAAUAUGGUAAUGAGAAUCAUCAACAACCAUCGGCUGCUGCACAAGCCGAUUGGAUACGAAACAAGCAUAUAGAUAAGAAGCAGCAAUAUACCGAUAGUAAUAUACCGAAACCACCACCAUUUCUUGGCGAUAUAACAAAGCAGGAUAAACAAAACAACAAUAAUAUUAAAAGUCUGAAUGCGGCCGUUCAGACAAUAGCCACAAUUCAUGUGCCCAAACAAACUACAGAUAAUAAUGAUCGAAAUAAGUCAAACAAAUCAAAGGAGCCACCAACAACAACGACAGCAACAACAGCAGCAGCAGCAACAAUGACACCCGCACAUAACUCGAUUGGCAGCGAUAACAGAGAAAAUAUGAACGAUGAACUAGCUAAAGUAUUGAAAUUGUAUCGUGAAAAAAAUCACAAUUGGGAUAUACAUAAGACGCCAGAGAUUUUCAUACAGCCAACAUCAUCGCCGGCCAAUGUAAAACUUUGGCUGAAAGCAAAAGGUUUUUCCGAUUAUGUUAUCACGAAAUUUGGCUAUUUGAAUGGUCAAGAGCUCUUCUCAUUGGACCGAGAAACGCUUGAAGACCACUGUGGCAUUGAAGAAGGUCGACGACUUCUUUCACAAAUCACAGUACAACGUAAUGUAUCUGGUUACAAAACCACACGAACCUCUGAGCUUUUAGCGUGCCUAGCAAAAGCACGAAAACGAAUCGAUGAACAUUGAGUAUGAACAUUUUCAGUUUCAUGACCAUUUGCUCAUGACCCAACUAUAUUGCUCAACAAAUACCAAAAUCAGGCGGUGCUAAAAGUGAUAAAUGUACAUUUUUUUCUCUUUCGGAAACCAUGAGGAGGGAAACAACGCAAAUUACUUUACAUAAUUUACAACAAGAGAACAAAUUUAUUUUUUUGACAAAUGUUUGAUGAAUAUAUUGUUAUCAGAUUUUAUAGAAAAGUGUCAAUAAACUAAAAAAAAGAACCGAGAGUAUUAAAAUGUAAAAAGAAAAAAUGAAAAUAAAGAGAGAAUUUCAAUGUUUUAUGCUUAA